AUGGAUCCAGAUAUAACUGAGCUCAACCAACAUGAAAAACAAUAUUUAAAGUCUUCUUGUAUUCACACUGAUUCCAACAUGGACGUUGAGAAUGGUAAUUGCAAGAAAAAGGUGUCUCAGUGCACAGAUAUGGAGAUUUUACCCAUAGAAAAGCCAUUGAAAGUUGACGUAGAAAUCAAGGGUUUGCAGAGACUAAUCGAGGAGUUGCACGUGAUGUUCUCCCGGGACUAUGUCAACGUACACGAGAUCCAGCGACUUAUGUGUGGAUACAAAUCGAACCCAAAAGACUGGAUGAAAUUCGCCAAAUUUGAUCGUUUUCGAUACACCCGCAACCUGGUGGACGCUGGAAAUGGGGCAUUCAACAUCAUGAUAUUAUGCUGGGGACCUGGCCACGUAUCUUCCAUCCACGACCACGCUGACUCACACUGUUUCAUGAAGCUCCUCAGUGGGAACCUCGAAGAAGUCAUAUACGAUUGGCCUGAUAACGUGCAACCAGAAGUUUAUAAGGUAUUAGAAAACAACAACAAAGACAGAAGGAAAUACAGUUCAGAAAGUGAAGAUGAAACCACUGACAAAUUAUCUAAACUAAACGUCAAAUGUGACAGUGACAGCUGUCAUAACGGUGAUCGCAAAAAUGGGAGAUGUCAAAAUGGCAGCUGUCAUAAUGGCAAUGGGAAAUGUCACAAUGAUGGCUAUCAGAAUGAUGACGUAGAGAAUGGAGAUGGGUAUCAGACUGAUGAUGAGGAUUACGAUGUUCGUGAUAUGAAGGUCCGAAAAAAAACAAGAAUGGAAGUAAAUGAUGUUUGUUAUAUUAAUGAUGCUAUUGGUCUCCAUCGGGUAGAAAACCCUUCUCACGUCGAUGGCGCCGUUUCCUUGCACCUCUACUGCCCACCUUUCGAUAGGUGUCGUGUGUUCGAUGCCCGCACAGGCAAGCCUGCUGAAGUUAAAGUCACCUUCUGGUCCAUGUAUGGGAAGAAGAUCAAGAGAGUAAUGGAAGCGAAUACUGUACCUGAUGCCGACAAGGAGUAA